AUGGACCUUCAGGUCAUCGGCAAUGAGUAUCCAGUCACAUCGCCGACCUUCGGACCGUCGGGUGAUUUGUUCGCGGUGUCCACCUCCGGCGACAUCUUUCGCUACUCGACUCCCGAAGGCUACGAUGGCGAGUUUCAGAUGGAGGCUUGGGGAAAUUCCUCGGGGCAGCCGAUGGGCAUCGACUUUGACAGCCAGGGCGUGGCUUUCGUGUGCGAUGCGGCGCACCAAGCCAUCUUUCGGAUCCUGCGUGUGGAGAGAGAAGGCGGCACCUUCGCCCACCAAAUUGAUCCCUAUGUCAAGGAGUACGAGCAGUCUCAGUUCCUGGGGCCCAACUCUCUCUGCCUGUCACGACAGACAGGGAUGCUGUACUUCACCGACAGUGGGCCCUUUGGUGAGACCUCCUUGCAGAACCCUCGGGGCUCUGUCUUUGCAAUCAGCCCUUCAACGCAGCUGUUGAUUCCGCUGUGCCUCAACACGCUUGCGCAUCCCUGCGGCGUAGCUUUGUCUCCGGAUGAGAAAAACAUCUACGUGGCGGAGAUGGCCAUGAACCGCAUUCUCCGGUUCACACAGCAUCCGCCGCAGGUCUUUCAUUGCAGCGUCUUCGCCCAGCUCUCUGGACGCUUCGGCCCCACAGCCUUGGCGGUCAGUGCUGCGGGUGACGUUUACGUUGCCCACUUUGACUUUGCUGACAAUGCGGAGACGGGUCGCGUGGUUGUCCUGAAUCCAGAAGGGGAGGUCACUGCCGCCAUAAGCGUCCCAGGGCCCGAGAUUACGGGACUCUGCAUCUCUCCCGAUCAGAGGCACCUCGUUGUUACGGAGCGAUCAACGACUUCUCUGUACAGAACGCCGUUGCCAGCGUGA